AUGGCAAUGGAAUUAGGACUUCAUGAAGAAUUAACUGAAAAUCAACAUGUUGAAAAUACGUCUGAAAAAUUAGUAAAUCAAGAAAUCCGACGUGGACUAUUUUGGACAGUAUAUUCUAUUGAUAGAAUAUCAAGUGCAGCAACAGGACGUCCUUCAGUUAUACAAGACAAUAGCUGUAGCGUAUUUUUACCUGGAAAAGUAGAUCAGGAUAAAGAAAAUCAAUAUUAUUCAGAAACAUUGGAUAAUAAUCGACAUAUUUUUUUAAAUGUAAAUGGAUUUCGAAAAAGUUACCUCUUGGGCGCAUAUAAUUUGGGCACAGUCCCGCUAAAUGACGACAUAGGUACUUUCCAAUACUUAAGUCACUUUGCUUACUUUAUACGUGCAAUAAAGUUACUUGGAAGAGUAACAAAUUAUGUCAAUCAGAAAGGAAAAGGAGGACAAUCGGAUCUACCUCCUUAUCAUCCUGACUCUGAAUUUACUAAAUUGGAUCAAGAUAUUGACAAUUGGCAAAACCAAUUACCUAUGCAUUUGAAGAAUACAUUGACAAAUUUGGAACUAGAUAAAAAUAUUGAGCCUACUAACAGUAAUCAACAGCUUUUUAUCAUACACAUUCUCUAUAAUACGAUAAUCGUCUUACUACAUCGUCCUUCUUUAGUAAUGAUGGAUACACUUAAUAAUGAUGCUAUUCAGCCUGUAAUUAAGGAAUUUGUGCGGAAAAGUGUCAAUAAAUGUAUGGCUGCAGUUGAUAAUGUUACUAACUUGCUUAGGCUUGGGAGAAAUCGUAAAGAAUUAUUACCUCCUUAUAUUACCUAUUUUAUUUAUACAGUAGCUACAGUUGUUGUAAGUACCUUAUUUUCACCACGCCCUGAAGAAGCCCAAAAAGCAAAACAAGCACUUGGUGUAUAUUUCGAACUUCUAUUGACCGCUCGUAAUUAUUGGGCUAUGGCGGACAAACUGUACUUUAUGAUUCGAGAUUUAUAUGCUUUACAUAUAAAUGUUUUAAAAAGAUAUCAAACAAAUAGAUUAUUAGUAGCUCAGCAAGAGCCUCAAAUGCAACAAAGUACUUUACCGGUAUACUCACAACAACAUAUGAAUGCACUCGAUAUGUCUUUACCUGGAAAUAUUAAUGAUAGUCUUUCGGAUUGGACUUUAUCAUAUUAUAAUGCAGCUAUGUCAACUGAAACACCUGAAGUUGGUUUAAUGAAUGAUCAAGAUCAAAAUAUGUUAUUUUCUACUAAUUUUUUUCAAAUUCCUAAAAAUUAUGAUCAAUCUUUAUUUUUCUCAACCUUUACUCCUGUAAAUUCUGAUAUCAAUAGCAAUAAUUUAUAA